AUGGAAUUUAACAAUAAAUCAACAUUUGUGGUUCAAGAAAUCAUAAUUACAGGACUGGAUGGUGUGCCAUACCCCAAAUUGGUUGGAGCAGCAAUUCUAUUUGUUCUUCUUUUCAUUCUGCUUGGAAGUUUUACCAACAUUGCUAUAAUUGUGUUCAACAGGCCACUGCAUUCUCCUAUGUACUUUUUGAUUUGUACAUUGGCAAUGGUUGACAUUAUCUACACAAGUAGCAUGAUUUAUGCAGUGUUGAAAAUGCCUUCUACUAUAGACAGGAAAAAAACAUUUAAUACCUGUAUUUCUCAUAUUAUAGUUGUAGCUUGCUUCUUUUUCUCAAAAAUGGCCUGGGUGGUGUACCAUGCCCCCAAGUUGGUUGGAUCAGCAAUUAUUUUAGUUCUUCUUCUCAUUCAGUUUGGAAGUUUUACCAACAUUGCUAUAAUUGUGUUCAACAGGCCACUGCAUUCUCCUAUGUACUUUUUAAUUUGUGCAUUGGCGAUGGUUGACAUUAUCUACACAAGCAGCAUGAGUUCUACUAUGCUUAAUGUCCUCCUUGGAGAGGAGAGAAGAGUACAAUUUUCUCUUUGCAUUUUAAAACACUUCAUGUUUCAUUUAGGAACUCAUAUAGAGCCCCUCACUAUUACUCUGAUGGCUUUUGACCGAUUAAUAGCCAUCUCAUACCCUUUAAGAUAUCACACUAUCUUAUCUAAUAGGAAUAUGUUUGUGCUCAUAGUAGGAAUAUGGACAGGAGGACUGCUUAGAACAGCUUGUGUUGAUCCCAUAGUUUAUGCUAGUUCUUUACAGGAUUUUUUUUUUUGUACCUGUAUAUCUCAUAUUAUAGUGCUAGCUUGCUUCUUUUUCAAAAAAAUGGUGCAUUCAAUGUCACAAAUUAGAACCCUAGGUCUGUCUCUCACCGUGACCCACAGAAAUGGCCUUUCAAUUGUUCUACUCUUGGACACUCACUUGUGA